CCGGGAGGAGCGCUGGGCAGAAGGACCCGCGGACCGGCUCCGAUCGGCUGCGAGGUGGCUGCUGGCGCGAGGCGGAAGGUUCUGGCUCUCAGCCCCGGGGACACACCCAGCGGGCACGCAGCGGGCGGGGACAAGCGUCGCCCCCUGCAGACUCGUGCCCUCGGCAGCUGGCCAUGAGGCGGGGAUUGGUGGCAUCCCAGGUGGUGCCGCACGCUUCACCCUUCCCAGAGCGAGGAGCACGCCUGCCCCACCAUUCACUCUUGUAAAUAAAGCCACAGGGAGCAGCCCCAGCAGCCAAGAUGUGAAGCCCCAGAACCUGCGGGAAGGGAGGCUUGGGACAGGAUUUGUGGACUGAGGCUGCAGCUGCCCUGCUCAGUCCCCUUCAGCCUGGGUGUGGUGAGGUGGUCAGUUGCCGGGACUCUGCCGAGCUGUGCUGGCCUCUGUGGCUCAGUCAGGGGCCAGCGGGAGGGAGUACCUGCGUGUGCAGCUCGGCCACUGGCUACUCCAAAGGGGGCCCUUCCUGAAGACACAGUUCCCGGGCCCUGGGUGCCCUGCCUGCCUAGAGAGCAUCAGCCUCGGGUACUGGGGGCCAGGCCCCCCGGACUCUGGACACACACCCGCCCAACCCUCCCUGCUGCUGCACCUCCUCUUAGCACUGACCCCCGGAAGGCUGGAGGUGCUGGGGGUCGGUGGGGGAGGAAGGCCUGGCCAUGGGUGCCCCUGGACCCCACCUGGUCUCCUAAGACUGGAAGGCAAGGGCUCCCAGGGGUGUGUGCCCUGCCCUGCCCUGCCCCUGUGUGAGGAGGCGGGAGCUGCAGCCUUGUCAUCUGGGUGAUUAGCUUCAGACCCUGGACUGACGCUGGCCAGGUCCCGCCUGCUUCCUGCAGGGUGUCCUCCUGACCCAGCGCGGGAGGGAGGCCCUGCCCAUCGAGCGGCCAAGGUGCUCAGGCCCCGGGAGGCGGGCUGCAGGUGCCGUCCCGCGCUGCCUUUCUGCCUGGGGCCCGUGGCCCUCACACCUGCCCCGGCCUGGUCACAGCGUGAGGCCUCCUGACCCAGCCUUGCCAGGCACAGAGGCCACGAACCUCAGGAGGGGAUGCCCCCGAGGGCUCCAGUCCAGCCGGCUGCCCCCCACCUCAGGCCCAGCCUGGCCCCCGUGCUGCCCCAGCCGGUGCCCCCCGCAGGCCCCGUGGCAGGCAGCCCCCACCAUGGCCGAGCACCUGGAACUGCUGGCAGAGAUGCCCAUGGUGGGCAGGAUGAGCACACACGAGCGGCUCAAGCAUGCCCAGAAGCGACGGGCCCAGCAGGUGAAGAUGUGGGCCCGGGCUGAGAAGGAGGCACAGGGCCGGAGGGCCAGCGGUCAGCCGCAGAAGCGGGUGCUCUUCCCGCCCAGCGUCACCCUCCUCGAGGCGGCUGCCCGGAAUGACCUGGAAGAAGUCCGCCAGUUCCUCGAGAGCGGGGUCAGCCCUGAUCUGGCCAAUGAGGAUGGCCUGACGGCCCUGCAUCAGAGCUGCAUCGAUGACUUCCGGGAGAUGGUGCAGCAGCUCCUGGAAGCUGGGGCCCAGGUCAACGCCCGCGACAGCGAGUGCUGGACACCGUUGCAUGCCGCGGCCACCUGUGGCCACCUGCGCCUGGUGGAGCUGCUCAUUGCUCGUGGUGCUGACCUCCUGGCAGUCAACACGGAUGGGAACAUGCCCUACGACCUGUGUGAGGACGAGCAGACGCUGGACUGCCUGGAGACAGCCAUGGCCAGCCGUGGCAUCACCCAGGACAGCAUCGAGCAGGCCCGGGCCCUGCCGGAGCGGCACAUGCUAGAGGACAUCCGGGACCUGCUGCAGGCGGGGGCUGACCUUGACACUCCCCGGGACCAUGGGGCCACGCUGCUACACAUCGCCGCGGCCAACGGGUUCAGUGAGGCAGCUGCCCUGCUGCUGGAGCACCAGGCCAGCCUGAGCGCCAAGGACCGCGAUGGCUGGGAGCCGCUGCAUGCGGCGGCCUACUGGGGCCAGGUGCGCCUGGUGGAGCUGCUUGUGGCACAUGGGGCUGACCUGAACGGCAAGUCCUUGAUGGACGAGACGCCUCUCGAUGUGUGUGGGGACGAGGAGGUGCGCGCCAAGCUGCUGGAGCUGAAGCACAAGCAUGACGCCCUCCUGCGCGCCCAGGGCCGCCAGCGCUCCCUGCUGCGCCGCCGCACCUCCAGCGCUGGCAGCCGUGGGAAGGUGGUGAGGCGGGUGAGCCUGACCCAGCGCACCAGCCUGUACCGCAGGGAGCAUGCCCAGGAGGCCAUCGUGUGGCAGCAGCCCCUGCCUGCCAGCCCCGAGCCGUCGGAAGAGGAUGAGGACCGCCAGACCGAUGCAGAGCUCCAGCCGCUGCCCCUGGAGGAGGAGGACCCCGAGGAGGCCAAGCCACACAACGGCCGAGUGGGGGGGCCCCCGGCACGGCACUUGUACUCCAAGCGGCUGGACCGGAGCGUCUCCUACCAGCUGAGCCCCCUGGAGAGUGCCUCCCCCGACGCCCUGGUGCGCGCCAAGGCCCACCACACCCUAGCAGAGCUCAAGCGCCAGCGGGCUGCUGCCAAGCUGCAACGACCCCCAGCUGAGGGGCCUGAGGCCGCUGAGGCUGGCCUGCCUGUGGACACUGAGACCCCCCAGCCAGAGAGUGGGUGUGGGGCGAGUGGAGACCCACCCCUGCUCAAACUCACAGCCCCCUCAGAGGAGGCCCCCGUGGAGAAGAGACCGUGCUGCCUGCUCAUGUGAGGGGCUGGUGGCUGGGGUGGCGAAGGUCCCACUGCCCAGCCCCGCGCCCCUGCUCUGCGUGUCCAGUGUGUGUCCCGGGCCAGGCUGCCAGCCUCCCUGAGGAACAGACCUGGGGCAGAAGCUAUACCUGGGAGACAGCAGCUGCAGAGACCUAGUGUUGCUCUGUGACUCUCGAUAAAGGGCUAU